AGAGGGCUUUUGUCGAGCAGCACAUUCAGUGCGCGAAGUGUUGUCAAAGAAUUUCUCUGCGUAAACGAAAUAGCUAAUUUUUUUUGCCAUAUUUGCCCGAAUAACGAGAAUUCGUUUUCAAUAUUAAUUGCAGGUUUUGAGCUAUUUACGUUCCACUGGUCAACGUAAUUUCAAUCAAAACGCGUUUUCCCAAAUCAGGAAUCGUACAAAGUUGUAAGCAGAUAAUGGCUCGAAUUCCAUUAUGCUAGUCAUCUGUGUCCCUUUUUCUUUCGGUCGCUUGAAGUUUAUCAACUACUCACGGCCUUCCGAUUGAUUUCAUUGACGUAAAUUAUAAUCAUUAAGCCAAAAGUAAUUGCAACAUGGCUGAAAAUGGUAAAAAUGAUGGUGGCAAUAUCUUGAGUGCUGGGGACAGUCAAACACUGGACAAGCGUGUUGCAGCUCGUCAGUUAAUCAAACGUUAUUAUUUCCAGCUGACUGAAGGAUGUGGUGACCAAAACUGUAACAAUGAACAUUGUGCCUCUAGUAAAAAAGUUCAAAAUCUUUCUCCAAACCAAGCUGCUGCUCAGGCUCUGGAUUUAUUUGCCCGCAAAGGAAGGCUUUGUGUUGGCACUGGCAAGAAUGAACUACCGAGCACAUUGUUUCCUGAAAUUACACCUGCUAGUACUAGUGCCAUCUCUGAUCAGCAAUUGCUCAAACAGGGAUUGUGGGUUCCUCCAGCUCUGAGUGUGUCUGGCCAUCCUGCAAAUGACAAAUCAGGCAUUUCCAAACCAACCAAGUUGACAGAAACAAAUUUUAAGCAGAUCGUUGACAAUUGCAAAGAAUAUGGAAUCUAUUCAAAGCUAGUUCACACAUUGGGACAUGUCUUUGCCAAUCCUGAGCUGUUGGGGAAGAGUUUUAUUACGCAAGGAAACAACUCAUGUACAUCUACAUUAGGACAUGGCCAGCUAAGUAAAGAACAACUUCGCUCGAUGGAGGUGGAUUUGGAUAAAGAUAAAGACAGCCAAGAAGCCGUCGCAGAACCUCGUCUCCAGGACGUUGGCCAAGAAGUCAGCGUUGAUAUCUGUUGCGUCCGCCGAUCAUUCGAAGUCUUGAGCUCCAUCGAGCCACAAAACUACGAAAGCGCCUUAGUUCACGCCCUCAUUCUUCUAUGCGAAACUAUUGAACUGGAUAUGAAAUUCGGGAGGCAAAAAGCUGAAGUCAAUUUGCUCAACGUCUUCGUCAUUGUUUUCGAACUACCGUGGCUUGGCACUGGUGACUACUUUGAAAGUGUUUUGCCGACCUUAUGCCGCGCCUGCGCUCUUUUACCUCUAACCCAACAAGCCACUCUAGUCCGAUUUUGGGCGGCUCACAGUGUCCCCAAUCUAAGAAAUCUGGUCCAAACACUUCAACAGCUCAUUAGUUUUAGAGUGUUAUCAGGAGAUUUUGGGCGAGACUAUGCCAUCAAUGAUGACAAUACUAUUACUGCUUGUGUCAAGGUGAUGCGAAUACUGUACUGCGUCAACAUAUUUUCUUGUACCACACCUAGCAGUAAGUUGACUGGUGCAUCAGUUGACGCGAUGGAAACAGACGAUCCUUCUAAAGAUUCCUUCGAUGUCUUUUCGUUUGGAAUCGAUCCUUCCCCUAGGUUGGGUUCCAAGCAAAACAAGACAAGAAAGAAUGAUCCACUUAUGUCGGAACUUGGAGUCAACGUUCUUGACUGUCGACAACCUCCGGUCGCUUUUGCUGACUUCUACAACGAACCGCUAAGUGAUGUUGUUGAGAUGGAUCGUGAUUUUGCCUACUUUGCCGCUGCCUCCGAAGCCCCUCCUUCGGCUUCCAACAAUGCAUUGAAGAUUAGUUUCAUGAACUUCCCAUUCAUUCUUACACCGGCCGCCAAAGCCCUCGGUCUCUAUUAUGAUAACCGUAUCAGAAUGUAUAGCGAACGUCGUCAAAGUAUUUUCAACAGCGUCAUGAACGGACAACCAAGUAAUCCAUAUCUAAAGUUGAAAAUUCGACGUGAUCAUGUCAUCGACGAUGCCCUUAUUGGUUUGGAAAUGGUAGCCAUGGAGAAUCCUUCGGAUCUCAAGAAGCAAUUGGUGGUGGAAUUUGAAGGCGAGCAAGGCAUUGAUGAAGGUGGUCUGUCGAAAGAGUUUUUUCAGUUAGUCAUCGACCAAGUUUUCAAUCCCGACUACGCCAUGUUUGCCUUCAACUCCGACACUCGCAAUUUCUGGUUCAACCCUACGUCGUUUGAAAGUGACGCCCAAUUUACGUUGAUUGGCAUCAUGCUCGGAUUGGCUAUUUACAACACGAUCAUUCUAGACAUUCACUUUCCUAUGGUUGUCUAUCGUAAGCUUCUUGGUCGUAAAGGGACAUUCGAAGACCUUCAAGAACUCGAUCCAACUCUUUGGAAAGGUCUGACAGAACUUCUGGAAUACCCGGAUUCUGACAUUGAAGAAACACUUAUGCAAACGUUUAGCAUAUCUUACAAAGAUGUGUUUGGAGUCGUUUACAAUCAUGACUUGAAGGAAAAUGGCGCAAGUUGCAAUGUGAACCUUGAAAACCGACGUGAGUUUGUCGAACUCUACGCAGACUAUCUGCUCAACGAGUGUGUCGGUAGGCAGUUUGCAGCCUUUCGUCGCGGUUUUGCUAUGGUAACGGAAGAAAGUCCUUUGGGUACGCUCUUCCGGCCGGAAGAAGUCGAACAAUUGGUUUGCGGUAGUCAUAUUUUCGAUUUUGAAGAACUCCAAAACGCCACAGAAUACGAUGGCGGAUUUACUGCUCAAUCUGAAACCAUCAAACAUUUUUGGUCAGUCGUCCACGAGCUAAGUGUCGAGGAUAAACGACGUUUGCUUCAAUUUACUACCGGUUCUGACCGCGUACCUGUCGGAGGAUUAGGUCGAUUGAAACUAAUAAUCGCUCGCAAUGGAGCCGAUUCAGAUAGGCUUCCGAUGGCUCACACGUGCUAUAACGUGCUUCUACUUCCCGAGUACGAUAACAAGGAGAAACUAAAGGAGCGUCUGAUGAAAGCAAUUGAUUACUCGAAAGGUUUCGGUAUGCUUUAACAUAAUGAAAUCAUCUCGUGUGUCGUAUUCUGGUUAGCGGUUCAUAGGAGCAACAAAAAGGUGUCACUAAAAAGAAAUCGUGCUAAAUUAUUACACUGUUCUUUGUCUUCUUCUUUA